AUGCUGUUUUCAUCAUAUGGAUUCACUAGAGAAAUGACCCCUUUUGAUCAGCCAAGUAAAAUCAAAAACUUGUUUAUUUCCUGCUUUUGGCCCUCACGAGUGCUGAGGCUCUGGACUUGCAGGCGCCCGAGGACAAGGAGGAAUCUGCUAGUGGGGACUGCCUGUGUGAUCUACCUGGGGUUCCUUGUCAGCCAAGUGGGUCAUGUUUUACCGCCGCACAAAGGAGGACAUCAAAAGAUCAGUUCCAGGAAUCUCCAAGAUGCAGCUCAAACUCCUUUUCUGGGCAUCCCACUGGAUGGCACCCUGUCACCACCCAAUUUCCAGGAGCCCCAGCUUGGUAACAAUGGGACCUUGCUGCUACCCAAUGUAGUUUAUAUCACCCUGCGGUCCAAGCGCAGCAAGCCUGCCAACAUCAGAGGCACAGUGAAGCCAAAGCGCAGGAAGAAAAAUGCAAUCCCUUUGUCCUAUGGGCAGCACUUUCCAAAAGCCACUUCUAUGGGUUGGAAAGAGGCCUUUGCCCAACAGCCAGGGCGGGCCACACAUGCUGCAGGCACACAUGCUGCAGUCGGAGAAGCGAUUGCCCUGGAGGCAAGAAAGUACCAACUGGAUGAACGCAGGCAUAAAGGAAUGGGUAUCAAGGAGAGAGGUCACCAGAUACCUGGGAAGAUUUCUGGAGCUGUGAAGGCACAGCUCCAGCCUGAGGAAAGCAAUAUCAGGAUUUACAGCGAGAGCCCUCCCUCAUGGAUGAGCAAAGAUGACAUCCUAAACAUGCGCAUGCUGGCAGACUCUCCCAUAGAGAGCAUUCAAGAAGUACCUUCACACAAAGCAGUCCUGGUAGUAUUUGCAAGAGGUCCCAGCACUACGGGAACUGCUUGUAGUCAAGGACACUGUGGAAUUGUCAAAAGACCUCUCGACAUGAGUGAGGUGUUUGCCUUUCAUUUGGACAGGAUCUUGGGGCUAAACAGGAGCUUACCUUCUGUAAGCAGGAGAUCAGAGUUCUUCCAAGGUGGUCAAGCCUGUCCUGUUAUUCUCUGGGAUUCCUCACUGAGUCCAACAGAUAAUAGUACCCAUUCUUCAGUGAGGUUAACAUGGGGACAAUAUCAGCAGCUUUUGAAGAAUAAAUGCUGGCAGAAUGGUAAAGUUCCCAAAGCUGAAUGGGGCUGUACUGAAAUCCAUCAUCAUGAGUGGUCCAAGAUGGCACUCUUUGAUUUUCUCUUGCAGAUCUAUAAUCGACUAGACAGAAACUGUUGUGGAUUCAAACCUCUCAAGGAGGAUUUCUGCAUGCAGCAAGGACUGAAGCUGAAAUGCAAUGAUCAGGAUGCUGUUGACCUGACACACAUAGUUCAGAGACGGCAUGACCAAAGGCACUUGGCCUUUAUAGACAAUAAGGGCUUCUUUGACAGAAAUGAGGACAAUCUUGACUUCAAAAUACUACAAGGAAUUAAUGAAUUCCCUGCAUCUGCAGUUUCUGUUCUGAGGGGCCAGCAUUUACGUGAGAAGUUACUCCAGUCUUUGUUCCUUGACAAAAUAUACUGGGAGACCCAAGGAGGAAGAAAAGGAAUUGAAAAGCUUAUUGAUGUAAUAGAAAGGAGGUCCAAAAUUCUUCUUACUUACAUAAAUGCACAUGGAGCCAAAGUAUUGCCCAUGAAUGAAUGA